CACGAACAACGUGCACGGUCAAAAGUCAGUAGCAUAUAGGGUUCCCCACUCUACUACUGUAACUGUCAUUGUCAAAAAGCUGUUCAUGGCACUGCGGGUCCCUUCACGUUCGUGUGGCAGACUCUGUGGGUGAUGACACUCCAUAAUGACUUAGUAUUGACCAAAAUGAGCUUUUUCAGGCUGGGAAGUCUGAAAAUUUGAAGCUUCGCGAAUCGCAAUGGCAUACACGGGUAAACGUGCCAUAAACUGCCAUUGGCUCUUUAAAUGAUAACGAGCGGGAGAAUGUCACUUCCUUCUCUCGCGCGACCACUCUCCCCUUUGUGCCCGCGCCAUGCUCGACGUGUCCAUCGAGGAUGCGGUACCUCCUGCUUUCUUAUACUCAUUUCUGGCGCUGAUAGCGGCUUAUCAUGUUUUCGCGUCUCUGUGUUCCACAGUGAAACAGCAAUCAUGGUUAUUGACCACAAUCAGUAGCGCUGCAAUGUCUCUGUCGAGUUUGCCUCUUUUCUUUCACUACAUCAGUUCUCGUGGAGAUUUGAGAGGGAUAAUGUCAACAUCCUGGACAGAUAGUAUCAGUAGAUUCUUUCAAGCAUAUCUUGUCGCAGACCUUUUAAUGGGCGUGAUUUACUACCGUAGCAAGGUUAACUUGCUAACAGGCUGGAUUCAUCACACGAUAUACAUUCUGAUUGUCGAAUAUACCUGUCGUAUGGGCUGGAGUCAUCUUUUCUCGCUCUGUGCUGUGAUGGAGGUACCUACCUUCGUUUUGGCUAUUGGGAGUCUCAACUCUCGCUUCCGCUCGGAUGUGCUUUUCGCACUGUCAUUUUUCACGACUCGUAUCAUUCUUCAUCUCUUUCUAUGUGCAUCGAUGGUCGUCAGCCGUCACGAUGUCACGAAUGAUUCGUAUGUCCCAGGCGUCAUCGUCGCCUGCAUCUUCCCUCUCCACGCAUUCUGGUUUUACGGGUGCCUGAAAGGGUUCGUUAAGCGCGCCAAGUCCGGAAAGCCUCAGCCCGUCAAGCAAGGCUCGUUUACGAUACCUACAAGUCUGUUAGGGUCUACCUCCUCACGUGCAAGGUCUUGGAUGUCGCCGCGCCGCCGUGGCUCGCUUAGGCAGGCUGUUCGUGCUUGGGAUAGGCUUGGGCUCAGAAACGCAGCUGGACGUUUCGGGGAUGUUCAGCGUCGUCUGAGGGCUUCUUUACCUGCGGCGCGUGAGCAGGUAUAUUCUUAUGUUGGACUAGAGAGGACCCCCGGUGCAGAGCCACACCGGACUGGUGCUGUGAAGGCUGAAUCUUCUUUAUGAUUUAAACAUGGAAUAAGGACAACGUACCAGGUGUAGUAUCUUUCAUUCUUUAUGACUCGAUGAUUCAUGUGGGAUAUCUAUUAUAGUAUGCACAUAUAUACCCCUGUACUAAUAGUAUAUCAGGACAGUAACGACCUUGACGACCUUUAUGCCUCUCAUAAAUAUGACACUUUUCCAAACUCAUAUUACUGUACGCCCACUGCG